AUGCGGGUUACACUUUUAGGUAUACUCUCUUGGUCUUUGCAAGUGGCCGGGACUAUCUUGCAGAACGGUCAGCCCAGAGAGAACCCGUACCCUGGGCAAGCACCCAAGAUCUUCCUCGACGAUACUUGGAACAUUUACGGUCCUGAUGUCCCGGAAAUCGCCUACAAGGGACGAUGGGAUAGCAAGCAUGUCUCUUGGUGGUCGGCGCCCGGAAUCAAAGUGGAGUUUACUGGAGACAAGCUUGCAGUGAGCUUUGGUCCCAGCACCUCAGAUGGCGUUCUCGUCGCCUAUAGCUCAUCCCUUGACAGGCUCGGAUCUCUCGAUUGGCAAUUUUCCAAUGUCACUGCCGAUGCCACGUACCAGUUUGUCGGCAACUGGACAGAGCUGAACGAUGAAGAGAUCCAUGAGAAGAAGAUCUUUGAGAUGCGAGUCCAAAUAGCCGGCGUUGCUACCGCGAAUAACGCAGAGCUAACAGUGCCUCCUAAAUUCAACAAGAAAGUGGAGGUUAUUGGAGGAUCUCUUGCUUCUGGCCAAUACGGAACGUAUGAAACCAUCUCAUCCUGGGCAUAUCUCUUCGUCGCCGGGCUAGGCAACGUCGAACACACCAUCACAGCCUACCCGGGUGCAUGCUUGACUGACAACGCAUGCUAUGGUGGUGGUGUCCACGGCAUGACAUGGUACUGGCACCAAGCAUCCGAUCCCGGCAGCCGCGCAAACCAAUUCUACGGCAACGAGCCCGAGAAAUGGGAUGUCACCGCCGAACAACCCGCCGACCUGGUCCUAAUCCAAAUGGGCGGCAACGACCACCGACACCCCAACGAAGUCCCUGGCAAGGAUUUCUACCAUGCAUACGUGGACAUGAUCGAAGAUAUCCACAGUGCCUGGCCGCACGCGGUAGUCCUAAUUAUAUCACAAUGGGGUUCCUUCGUCAAGAAAGGAAUGACCCACCAACCAACCCAGAUCUACGAAGAAGAAGGCAAGAAAGUCCACGAGCAUUUCAAGGACCGCGGCUUCGUUUAUUACUUCGAUACAACUGGUAUCCUGCAGUACAAUGAUAUCAAUCCUAAGAAUCAUCCCACGGAUGUUGGACAUAUCAAGUUGGCGAGUCACUUGUUGCAGUGGGUGAGGCUUGUGUUGCGAUGGAAACUGGAGCCGCUUGGGGAGGUCCAGCAUGGAACUCUUUACUGGAAUGAUCAGCAGGAUUAUUAG